AUGCAAAACAACGUCUUGGUUGAGGUUGAGGACUGGACCACAGCGCAACACCUUCGUCUCAGUACCUCCAAGAGUGGUGUGAUGCGUUUCACGAACAGUAAAAAACGCGACAAACCCUCUUACACUGCCGGAGGUGCUCCUCUUAAUAUUUCGGACCACCUGACUAUAUUGGGUGUCACCUUCUCGCGGAACUUGGACUUUUCCGCACACAUUGCAACUGUUGUUGCAACUGCCCGGAGGACUUUGGGUUUUGUUUCUCGAGUGACAAGGCCGAGUGGACCGGUGGCACUGCGCACACUUUAUACUGCCCUGGUCCUACCCUCGUUAGAAUACUGCUGCGCAGUGUGGUCGCCUCCUCAACAACACCUCCUCGACCGCCUAGAAAGUGUACAGCGUCGUGCAUCACGCAUCAUCUGUGCUCGGAUCUCAGGCCAUGCUGAUAUAUCGUACCCCGCGAGGUUGAAGGUCCUUGGCUGGCGUCCUCUCGACCAGAGGCGAAGAAUUUCGCGGGUCCGAGUGUUGUGCCAUCUGCUCGACGGGUCACUUCCUGGCAACAGACUGUCCGCCCUCGUACGUGUCAGCAAAAGGACCGGGCAGCCUCAACCACUCCGUGGCAGGACUCUGCGACACAGUGAAUCACUGUUGCCUGCGGCUAUCAGGGACUUUUUGUCCAUG